CGUCACUAGCGGCUGUCAGUCGACGUCGCAGUCAUGGAGGAAGUGAGAGUGUUCCCCCUGACCUGUGCUGUGCAAAACUAUGCAUGGGGGAAGGUUGGACUGGACAGUGAGGUGGCCAAACUGGUGGUUGGCGGAGACCCACUUGCUGUUUUGGAGGUUGAUAAACCUUAUGCAGAGCUGUGGAUGGGUGCACACCCAAAAGGUGAUGCCCAGAUUAAGGACAACAGGAUCGCACAGACCACCUUGGGCCAGUGGAUCGCCCACUUCCCUGCAUGCCUGGGCUCUAAGGUGAAAGACACCUUCCAGGGUCAGCUGCCUUUCCUCUUCAAAGUCCUCUCGGUCAACACAGCUCUGUCAAUACAGGCCCACCCUAACAAGGAAUUAGCCGCUCGUCUACACGCUCAGUUUCCGGAGCACUAUCCAGACACCAACCAUAAGCCAGAGAUGGCCAUCGCUCUCACUCGCUUCGAAGGCCUCUGUGGCUUCAGACCAGUGGAGGAGAUCCUGGAAUUUCUUGAAACGGUCCCAGAGUUCCACACUUUGGUGGGUUACGGGGCGGCACAGGAGCUGCGGGCCAGCGUGGGAGAUGCUGACCGGACAAACCAGGCGCUGAAAAGGUGCUUCACCAGGAUGAUGGACUGGGAGAAGAAGGUGGUGGUAGAGAACCUCAAUGAGCUGGUGAAAAGGGUCACGGAUGAUGCUGCAGCAGGAAAGGAUACAUCAAGAAUCAAUGGUGACCUGUUACUCCGCCUCCACUCUCAGUACCCUGGAGACAUCGGCUGCUUCUCAAUCUACUUCCUCAAUCAUGUGGUCCUGAAUCCAGGCCAGGCCAUGUUCCUCGGAGCCAAUGAGCCUCACGCUUACCUUUAUGGAGACUGUAUCGAGUGUAUGGCCUGCUCAGACAACACUGUGAGGGCCGGACUGACACCCAAGUACAUCGACGUUAACACGCUCUGUGAGAUGCUGAACUACAGCCCUGCCCCGGCCUCCGCCAAAAUCUUCCCGUGUGUUCAGGACCCGUCUGACCCCUGCGUGUCCCUGUACAACCCGCCAGUGCCAGACUUCACUGUCAUGAGGAUACAGAUCCCAGCCUCGGUGAAGCAGUACAAUAUCGCUCCAGUCGACAGUGCCAGCAUCCUCCUCGUCAUUGAAGGUGAAGCCACGGGAAGCUCUGCUGCCGCCCUCUCUGAUCUCACGCUGAGGCGGGGCACCGUCCUGUUUGUCUCGGCCAAUGAGAGUGUCUCCCUGCACAUCACCUCGCAGCCAGGGAUGACCCUUUUUCGCGCCUGCUGUCUUCUGUAGUUGUGGGUCUGUAGUUGUUAAAGAUCAUACUACCUGUUAGUCAUUGUGAUUUCAAGUGUCAAGAUCUAUACUGU